AACGGGCGGAAGACGGUUGUGUUUUCGUCUCUCACCUGAAUAUUUCACUGUUUCAGCAACAAUGUCUUCAGUUCAGCAUCUGAGAGAGUUUAUCAGCGAGCGACUAACUGCUGCUGCUGAAGAAAUAUUCACAGAGUUUGAAAAAACCAUCGUCCAGUACGAAGAAGAGAUCGAUCGUCAUCGCAAACUGCUGGAUGUCACCUGGAAACCACAGAUAAAGUUAAACACAGCAGACCUCCCACAGCAACCUGUCUGUAAAGAGGAGAAAGACCAGACACAUGACGCUGACCAGCAACUCCAUAACCAGGAGAGGAGCGCCAGUCUGGACCAGGAGGAGCUUCCAGAGAUUAAAGAGGAGCAAGAAGAACUCUGCACCACUCAAGAGAGAGAGCAGCUUGUACUGAAGCAGGAGGAGGAGGAGGAUACCUUUAUGUUGGCCUCAGCUUGUCCUCAAAGUGACUUCAGUGAAGUAGAAUCAAACACUGAUCAGUUUUACUCGCAUCACUCUCCCUUUAAUGAAAACCAAGAUCAGGACGAGAGCCAAAGUAGUCACAGUGAGAGUGGAGACAUCUCUCCUGUGUCAGAGAGUCAGUUUCCUACUGAGUCAGGAGAAAAAACUGGAGAUACUUUUUGUGGAAGAGUCUUUAGAAACAAGCGCGUUAUAGGACGACGUCAAAGGAACCUCAGCGAUGUGAAAGCGUUUGUUUGCCAGACAUGUGGGAAAGGUUUUGCACAAAGCUGCACCUUGUUGAGACACAUGAGAGUUCACACAGGUGAGAAGCUGUUUUCUUGUGAAACAUGUGGGAAAUGUUUUUCUCAGAACAGCAGUCUGUUGACCCACAUGAGAAUCCACACAGGCGAGAAGCUGUAUCCCUGCGAAACUUGUGGGAAAAGUUUCACUCAAAGUGGGAAUUUGUUGAGACACAUGCGAAUCCACACAGGUGAUAAGUUAUAUCCUUGUGAGACAUGUGGCAAGAAUUUCACUCAAAGUGGGAAUCUGUUGAUCCACAUGAGAAUCCACACGGGCGAGAAAUUGUAUCCAUGCAAAAUCUGUGGGAAAAGUUUCUCUCAAAGCAGCAGUCUGUUUACCCACAUGAGAAUCCACACCGGUGAGAGGCCAUUUUCUUGUGGAAUAUGUGGAAAAAAUUUCAAGCAAAGAAGUUAUUUGAGACUUCACACGAGAAUCCACACAGGUGAGGUGUUUCCUUGUGAAAUAUGUGGGAAAACUUUCCAUUUCAGAGGCGGUUUGACUGCCCACAUGAGAAAUCACGCAGACGAGAAUUCCUGCUCUGGUCAACCAGUCUGAAAUGGUCAUUUUACCUUCAAUUAAAACUUUUACGUUAACAUUACUUACAUUUGCUUUUUGUUUGUAAGAACUUAUUUCAGAAAAUACUGCGUUGAAAUGGUUGAUCAUCCUUUCAGGCGGCCAUGUUGCAUCACUGGAUGUCUUCAGUUGCUCAAAAUGAAUAAACACGACUCUUUUGGAUGUUUAUGGAUGUGUAGAGCUGAACUAAAUAAAAACAGACCUUGUCACGUUGUGUGAUGGUUUGUUGUAUAAACAUGGAACAUAAACCGUGUUCUUUUGUCUUUGAAUGAAGAAACUUUAUAUGAAGCGAUCAAAGAAACGUCUCAUUUAAAAAAAUAUAAGUUGUGCUUCAUGCUGGGCUGAGACAUGGCGACAUUCUUCCUUAGAUCUUUAAACCAGACAGGACUGCAUCUUUGAGUCAGCAGCUUUAUUCUCCCUGCGGUGCAUUUUUAUUAGCUGAGUUUUCAGAAGACGGCUAAGAUGUCGACAUAACCACUGCUACAUGUUAACUUAGAGCCAUGCAUGGAGAUGCCCGCACGCACCACCUCGCUUCACGCACCACCUCGCUUCACGCAGACAGGUGACGUCGCUCAUAACUGUCCCACAUCCUUCUCUGUGUACAACAAUAAAUCUGAGCAGAAUAAUUAAUCCUUGACUCAAAGAGCUGAAAUCUUUCUGCUCGACAUGAAUAAAUAUGGAAUAUCAAUAAAAUGUUCUUUGCUCCGGUUUUUCUAGGCUGUGGCAACAUCUGCAUAAGCUACUGUGUUUUUACAAUGUUUGCGAUUCUACAAUAAAACUAUCAUGUUAUAAGAUCCCUUUCUUUAUUAGGCUGACGUCUGUACACUUCUGUAAUUUAGUUUUCACUUCACU